AUGCAGGUGGCUGGGCAGGGCCUGGAAAUAAAGUCAAAAGAGCAACACCUUGAAAAAAGGUCUUCCGUCCUAGAUUCCUCGCUUGGCAGUCGCAGGAAGCCCUUGGAGCCGUCACCAUGGGUAGGAUCGUGCGUCCGGGCUGGGGCGGGGUUUUCUGAGAGCACGAGCUGCGCGGUCAGGGAGCUGCAGAGGGGGCGUCAAGGGUCCGGCCGGAGUGCGACGCUGGUCACCUGCGACUCGCGGACCUGCACUCCGAGCCAGGAGGGGUGGCACCGCGGGCGCGGUCAGGGGCACGUCGCCGCGACGAUGAGCGACCGGGCGUUAGUGGAGCUGGAGCUUGAGGGCUCCGGGGAAGUAACCCGGCGCGGGAUCGCCCUGCCAGGUGGUGUCUUCGCUCCUGGGGUGCAGAGGCGGAGGGCCCUGAGGUGCCCAGACUCAGGUUGCAAGAAUGAAUGCAGUAACUUUGACCGGCCCACACCUUUAGGAAUCCUCAGUCCUCGGGUUUCGACCCUGUGGGCUGGGAGUGGGUUUGAUGGCUGGAGGGAGUCCUGCCUGGACCAAGAGGAACUGGGGCUGGCCCUUUGUGGCCCUUCUUUUUAUUCUCUAAUUAUCCUCCGACUUCAAGAGAAAGCACAGAGGAGGAUGCUGGUUCUCCAUAGUAAUAGGCCCUGCUCUGGAAUGUCCAAACCACAGAGUUGCUUUGGGUAUCCCUUGAGCAUCUUCUUCAUCGUGAUCAAUGAGUUCUGUGAAAGAUUUUCCUACUAUGGCAUGAAAGCACUCCUGAUUCUGUACUUCACACGGUUCAUUGGCUGGGAUGAUGAUCUGUCCACUGCAAUCUACCACUCGUUUGUUGCUCUCUGCUACCUGACACCAAUUCUCGGUGCUCUCAUUGCCGACUCCUGGCUGGGAAAGUUCAAGACAAUUGUGUCACUAUCCAUUGUCUACACCAUUGGACAGGCAAUCACUGCAAUAAGCUCCAUUAAUGACCUCUCAGACUUCAACCACGAUGGAACCCCUGACAACAUUGCUGUACAUGUGGCACUGUCCAUGACAGGCCUGGUGCUGAUAGCUCUCGGUACUGGAGGAAUCAAGCCUUGUGUGUCUGCAUUUGGUGGAGAUCAGUUUGAAGAGGGCCAGGAGAAACAAAGAAACCGAUUUUUUUCCAUCUUUUACUUGGCCAUUAAUGCUGGAAGCUUACUUUCUACUAUCAUCACUCCCAUUCUCAGAGUUCAAGAAUGUGGGAUUCACAGUAAGCAAGCUUGUUACCCAUUGGCAUUUGGGGUUCCUGCUGCUCUCAUGGCUGUUGCUCUGAUUGUAUUUGUCAUUGGCAGUAGAAUGUACAAGAAGUUCCAGCCGCAGGGUAACAUCAUGGAUAAAGUAGUCAAGUGCAUUGGUUUUGCCAUCCAAAAUAGGUUUAGGCACCGGAGUAAGGAAUUUCCCCAAAGGGAGCAUUGGCUGGACUGGGCCAAAGAGAAGUAUGAUGAGCGGCUUAUCUCUCAAAUUAAGAUGGUUACAAGGGUGAUGUUCCUGUACAUUCCACUCCCUAUGUUCUGGGCCUUGUUCGAUCAGCAGGGCUCAAGGUGGACACUACAAGCAACAACAAUGAGUGGGAAAAUUGGACAUAUUGAAAUUCAGCCAGAUCAGAUGCAGACUGUCAACGCCAUCUUGAUCGUCGUCAUGGUCCCCAUUGUAGAUGCUGUCGUGUAUCCUCUGAUUGCAAAAUGUGGUUUCAACUUCACCCCCUUGAAGAAGAUGACAGUCGGAAUGUUCCUGGCUUCCAUGGCUUUUGUGGCAGCUGCAGUUGUGCAGUUGGAAAUUGAUAAAACUCUUCCAGUCUUCCCCAAAGGAAACCAAGUCCAAAUUAAAGUAUUGAAUAUAGGAAAUGAGAAUAUGACUAUAUAUUUUCCUGGAGAGACGGUGCACCUUGUCCAAAUGUCUCAGACAAAUAUGUUUAGGACUUUUGAUGUGACUGAACUGACAAGUAUAAACAUUUCUUCUGCUGAAUCACUAGUCACGCCAGUAACUCCUAACUUUGAGGAGGGCCAUCGCCAUACCCUUCUAGUGUGGGCCGCAAACCAUUACGAAGUGGUAAAGGAUGGCCUUAACCAGAAGCCAGAAAAAGGACAAAAUGGAAUUAGAUUUGUAAAUGCUUUUGGUGGGAGCUUCAAUGUCACAAUGGAUGGGAAAGUAUAUGAACAUGUCAGCAGUCACAAUGCCAGCAAAUACAAGUUUUUUCCUUCUGGCAUAAAAAACAUCACACUAAGUUCUGCAGAGAUCCCAGAAACCUGCAACAAUUCUUUUACAUCCAACCUUAGUUUUGGUAGUGCAUAUACCUAUGUAAUCAUCAGGAAGGAUGAUGGCUGCCCUGAACUGAAAGAAUUUGAAGAUAUUUCACCCAAUUCAGUUAGCAUGGCCCUGCAAAUCCCACAGUAUUUCCUCCUCACCUGUGGGGAAGUGGUUUUCUCUGUCACAGGAUUGGAGUUCUCAUAUUCUCAGGCUCCUUCCAACAUGAAGUCAGUGCUUCAAGCAGGAUGGUUGUUGACAGUGGCUGUUGGCAACAUCAUUGUGCUGAUUGUGGCAGGAGCAGGCCAGUUCAGUAAACAGUGGGCCGAGUAUAUUCUGUUCGCUUCGUUGCUUCUGGUUGUAUGCAUAAUCUUUGCCAUCAUGGCUCGAUUUUAUACUUACAUCAAUCCAGCAGAGAUUGAAGCUCAGUUUGAUGAGGAUGAAAAGAAAAAGAAGUCAGAAAACCUAUAUAGCACAUUGGAUCCCGUCUCACAAACAAGGAUGUGA